CUACAUUUUUUAUUUUUUUUAUCGCUAUAUUGAGCAUGUUCUGUUCUAUUGUAUCUUAUUUAUAUUUUAAAAUUAAUAUUUAUGCUUGUUUUAUUAUUAAUGUUAUUAGUUUACAUCUAGCUGGCACAGUAAUUCAUGAAGCUUCUCAUAAAACAGCUCAUGUCAAUGCUAAUUUUAAUAAAAUUCUUGGUCAUUUAAGUGCUCUAAUGCUUGGUUUUUCUUUUCCUGUUUUUACGAGAGUACAUUUACAACAUCAUGCUCAUGUUAAUGAUCCUAAUAAUGAUCCCGAUCAUUUUGUUUCCAAAGGCGGUCCAUUAUGGUUAAUUGCUGCACGUUUUUUUUAUCACGAGAUUUAUUUUAUUCAAAAAAAAUUAUGGAGAGAUAAUGAAUUUUUCGAAUGGCUUAUUAAUAGGGUGUUUAUUGUGUUUAUAAUAAUUAUGGCCUACUAUUUUCAUUUAAUUAUGUUUUUGUUAAAUUGUUGGUUUUGUCCUGCCUUAGUAAUUGGAUUGUUACUUGGUCUUUUUUUUGACUAUUUACCUCAUAAACCUUUUUUAUAUCGAAAUCGAUGGAAAAAUGCUAGAAUUUAUGAAAGUAAAAUAUUGAAUUGGUUAAUUUUAGGUCAGAAUUAUCAUCUAAUUCACCAUUUAUGGCCAUCAUUGCCUUGGUACAAAUAUCAAGAAGCUUAUCAGAUUGCUUUUUAUGCUUUAAAAAGCCAUAAAGCUCCUACCACAUUGGAUUUAUUCUCUAAAUUUUCUCUUUUUAGUUUUUUGUAUGACUUUUUCUAUGGUUUUAAUUUUAAUAUUAGUACAUAUAGGUAAAGAUAGUUUAUAUUUAAUCAAAUUAGAAAUAAUUCAGUUUCUAUCUGAUCUUUUAUCACAUAAGUUAACCUUAGUUUUAACCAAUCAAUAAAUUCAGAGUCAUUAGA